CCCUAUAAGAAACCCCACAAAAUUUUCCACAACAAAAACCUUCUUCUACUAGCUUGCAUCGUGUCGGUCACCAAAUCACACAAUUUCUAAUAUUUAACUAAAAAAUUCAAUAUUUUUAAAUCAUUUUCUCUAGCAUAAAUAACAAUGGAAAAAAUCACAGUCCUCCAAACUCGUGAAUUACCCUCCAAACAUAAUCUAUUCGAUCAAGAAAAAGAAUUGCGCGAACAACUUCAUGUUGAGAUUGAAAAGAAAUCCAAAGCUUGUUCCAAUCCAACAUACGAAUGUUCCAUCCCACGAUUGGAUGGUUAUGAAUUUUGUAUUCGUCAUAUUUUAAAAGAUCCUCGAGCCCCCUUUCGACCAUGUGCCUAUACUUUUGCCAAUGGCAAAAAAUGUCCCCAAGCUACUCCAAAACAUGACAUCAAAAAGGAUCCUUCAAUGACAAUUUAUUGCUUCGAACACAGUCGUUUGUCCCAAUUGACAACGACUCGUGAUUCCAUUGGCAAAUUGAAACAAAUCGAAACCAAUGAAGUGCUUUUGAAUAGUUUGUCUCAUCAUUUGAGCAUUGAGCCUUCGUCGCCACCCCCAAAGAGUUUUUCGUGUGAAGUUGAUGAGGAAAUCGAUGUUGUUUCACCAAAUAUUCAACAAUUUGUAAAUUAUGAUCAAAUAUCUGAUUUGAAUACUGUCAACACUUUGAUUAAAAAGAAACGACGAGUUCUUGACUAUGCUUCAGAUAGUUCGUCGGAAUUGGAGCCAACUACGUUGCACAACACGUCUAAAGGACACGAAUGGGAUAUAUCGGACGAUGAGAGUGUUGAUUCACAGGAUGAUGAUUUACUCAAACAUGCUGGCAUUUAUACAAAUGAAGAAGCUCUUGCUAUUUCGAAGAAAAAACUUAUCAAUUUACAAAAUCUUUAUAUGGAACAGAUAAAUCGAUUGCAUCAUAUUUUGAAGGAGAAACGUCGGAGGUAUUUGCAUGCAAUUCGCAAGGAGAGGGAAACAUUGUGCAGCAUUCAUGAACAGCAAAAAAGGUCACCGGGCGAACGUAGUCUAUAUGAGAAACUUAAAGCACUCAAUCACUACCAUCGCCGACAUGGCAUCGAGGCUGUCCUUCACAGGAAAUUCAAAGAAAAACGUUCCAAAACAACUGAAGGCAUAGUUCCCAAAGGUCUACCCUAUGUCAAAUGUAUUUUCACCGAAGGUGGUGUCAAAUGCGGCGAAAGAGCCAUGCCCAGUUGCAAGUACUGCCGAAAGCACAUUCUCGAAGACAAAAAACAAAUUCUCUUCCGUGCGUGUGGAGUGGAGAAAAGUGGCGUUGUAUGCCAGGAACCUGUGCCAAAUAUAUUUGAAGAUGCUACAUGCGUCUUGCACAUAAGCUUACCAACCAAAAAACAAUACAUUCAGAAGAAGUACGAAUCAGAGACGGAAGAAGACGAUGAAGACGCCUCUGCGGCAGGCGUUGUCGAGGCAGCCACAACAGGUGUUAAUUCGUUGUUUAUCAAAUCUUCGAUAGAUGGCAGCACAGUAGCCAAAGAGGAACCAAAUUUCCAACAAAAAUUAGACACUUCCUUGGAAAUGGACAUUGUUGAGGAACCAAAUAAGAAUGUCACAAUUUCACACGAUGAAAAGCCAACUGAUGUUGAAAUCAAAGAAGAACCAGCGUCUGAACAAGGUGCUAUUGAAGAAAAUGUAACAAAUGCUGAGACGAAAGUCGCUAUGGAAUCUGCUUCAACUGGUUGAACAUAUUGUUCAUUUUGUUUAUUAAUAUUGUAGUCUAUAAGAUUUAGUUUAUUGUAAUCUAUAUUAUCGUUUCUCUUGUGUUCACGUAGCGCAAAUAAAAUAUUCAAUAUAUAAAA